AUACAUUAACAAUAACAACCUCUCUAUCUCUAACUCAUUCGCACGUGUAAACUUAUAUCGAACUUCAAGGCCUUUCUCACAAUCUCCUCGACCCUACGAUCAACUUCACACGUGUGAAUCCAACGGCCCAGAUUUCCUUCCAUAUCUCUAUACCUACAUACAUAUACAAAUACUUAGCGGCUCGUUUGUCAUAUUGCAUUGCAUUGGAUUGAUGAAACGAUAAUGGAGACGGAGCUAAUUGAGUUAUUUGAAACGGCGAAGAAAGCCGCGGAUGCUGCGGCGGCGGUUGGUGGUGGUGGCGCGGCGGAAGAAGAUCGGUGUGUUGAUGCUUUGAAUGUGCUUAAGAAAUUUCCUGUCAAUUAUCAAAUUCUUGUUUCUACACAGGUGGGGAAACGUCUUCGCCAAUUAGCAAAACAUCCAAGAAAGAAGAUACAGUCGCUCGCUUCUGAAUUAGUUGAGAUUUGGAAAAGCAUAAUUGUUGAGGAAACUUUAAAGAGCAAGAAAAAUGGCAACUUGGACAUCAAGGAAUCUCCAAAAUCCGAGCCAGAACAAGAGAUGUCCGAGAAGAAAUUUCGGAGGAACUUUUCCACCAAGGUUUCAAAGACAGAGGGUAUAAAAGUAGAGAAAAAUGGUCAUAGUGUCACACCUACUUCUGAAAGAAAGAUAAAUGUUGUCAAGACCGAAAAGAAAACUACAACAACUGAUAAUGUUGUCAUUGCCGAAAAGAUUUCUACAACAAACGAUAAUGCCAAGGUUGAAAAGAAAUCCAGCCCAAACAAUGUUGCUCCCCCAAAGCUGACUUCGCUUGUUUACUGCAAUGAUGCUCUUCGCGACAAGAUUCGUGAACUUCUUGCAGAAGCAUUAUGCAAAGUUGCUGGGGAGGCUGGGGAGGAAUCAAGGGAUACGGUGGCUGCCUGUGACCCUUAUAGGGUUGCUGUGUCUGUGGAAUCUGCAAUGUUUGAAAAAUGGGGUAGAUCCAACGGGGCGCAGAAAUUCAAAUACAGAUCCAUUAUGUUCAAUGUUAAGGAUCCGAAAAAUCCAGAUUUCAGAAGGAAAUUACUUCUUGGGGAUGUGAAGCCAGAGAGAAUUGUGGAGUUGACACCUGAAGAAAUGGCUAGCACUGAAAGGCAAUUGCAGAAUGUGAAAAUAAAAGAGAAGGCUUUAUUUGAAUGUGAACGUGGGGGUCCACCAAAAGCCACUACUGAUCAAUUCAGAUGUGGUCGGUGUGGUAAAAGGAAGUGCACUUAUUAUCAGUUGCAAACUCGGAGUGCUGAUGAACCUAUGACAACGUUUGUCACAUGUGUGAACUGUGAUAAUCAUUGGAAGUUCUGUUAAGGGAAUUAAGCUGUUGGCUAAUUAGUAUCGUAACUUCUCUUAAUAUUAGAAGCCGCAUCAUUAAGGUUUAUCCCUUAUGUAGCGGUCAUUAAUUUCAGGUCAGAUGAGGCGUUGAAGAAUUCUUUUUUUUUUUUUUUUUUUCUUUUUCUUUUUCGUAAUUGUUGUUAGAUGUAGGAGUUCAUUCCUGUUUUUUAAUUUGUCUAGUUGCUGUUAGAACUUGGAAGUAGAACAAGUCUAUCCAUGCCUUUAUGUGCAUGAGGCCAUUGUAGUUGUAACAGAGUCUAUUAGCUUUGAAACAUUUCUUUAUUAUUUUUUUAUUCCGGGUU